CUCCCAUAAUCUAUGAUGGUCUCCUUGUCAGUGAAGUAUCUCCCUUGAAUCUGCUAAUGCUUUCAAUGUGGACAACUUUCUGGGGUAAAAAGUUCUAUAUGUUUGCCAUCUGCAGGAUUCAGAAGCAUUCCUUUGUGUUUGUUUUUGAACAGGCCACUUUCAAUAGGCGCUGCCUCUCCCUCCUUGUGGAGUUUGGUAAAUAAUUUGUCCGUACUUCCUUUGUCUCUGCCUUUGUGGGCUUCAUUCAUGUCUUCUCUCAGCCUUUUUCUUUCCAGGGGAAAGGGCCAUUAUUCUCUCUCCCCAUGCAUCUCCUAAGGCCACUUCUCCCUCCUCUGUACUUUCUGCACCCAGUCCUUCCUGAAAUGUUGUAAUGGGAAUCAUAUACUGUAUUCCAGGAGCAGCUGUUCCAUGGUUUUGUUAAGUCGGAAAAUUUUACCUUUUUGUUUUCUGUUCCCUCCAUGGUUUUGUAUAGUGGGAAAAUUCUGCCUUUUUGUUUUCUGUUCCCUGCUUUGGUUCGUCCCAAACAGGUGGUGAUCUUGGGUGAAAAAGAAAGCAAAUGUGCCUUUUGAGUAGGAUAUUAUGAUUCCUCAGGGGGGUUUUUUCCCACCUAAUCUGAAUUCACAAGGACAGGUCUCCUGAACUUAAAGUGUUCUUCAUAAGGUCUAGACCAUGCUCACCCGUUUUCCCCAGAUCCAUAAAUGAGGAAUGAAACAGUGGUCAUUUUAGGAUUAUUGAAGGAAGCGCAGGUAUGGGUUUAACCUCGGGUUGAAUUAGAAGGUCUUCAGAUCUAAAAUAGGUACAUUAAAGACAGUUUUGCUAGGCUUGUGGGAGAGGGAAGCCCCUUCUUUCUUUCUCCAGGCAUGGCCGCUUAAAUCCCCUGCCUCCAGGGAGCCAGAGUCUAGCUAUUUGCUCCAAAACAGACCCCACGCUUGCUGCUGCAGCUGCCGAUUGUCAGCACUGCGCUUGGUGAUAACGCAGCCAUAAAUAACAACUCACCAAACUACAGGAGUGAUUUGCUUUAAGCACUUCAGCACCUGCUGUCCCUAAUUAAAGGAUUAUUAUGCUGCCGACUGCAAGCGACAGUCCAGUGUUUCGAAGUUCUAGAGAAGGGGGUGUAAUCUGCAUUUGGCCACGAAAGCCAGUUUCAGGGUGCAUCUGUGGCAUCAGAAAACAGCGGUGUCGGAUCGUUAGAAUGGGUUUAUGAAUCAGAGGGGUGUGUUUAAGGCCAAAAUAGCCCUCCUAUUAGUUGGAGGAGAUGCUGCUGUUGGGAACACGGCAAAUGCCAUUCAGAGAUUAUUUUCAGAAACAGCCAGCAUUGCUAUCACUAUUAGUGAUGUGAAAGGGGCAGCAGUAUUUUUGGAUGAUUACACAUUCAACAUGGUAUUCCUGCAGAUGAAUUCAUCACCAACUGUAGAGGAAUUAGAAACCGUCAAAUUAAUAAGAUUCAGAAAAAAGAAAAAUAUACAUUUGCUGUUUGUGUUUAUUAUCCCUGUAAAUUUUGAAGAUUGUAUUUCAGGGCAUGGAGCUGAUAUUAUCUUAACUGAACCUCUUACACUGGAAAAAUUGGAUGUUGUGGUUAAAUACUGGAGAUUUGCUUUGUCAAAUACUGAUGAGGAUGGAAGUAAAAGCCCAGGAGGAAACCCUGAACUGUCACGGCAGAUGUCUUGCGAUUCGAGCCGGAAGCACUCUAUCACUGAUUUAGCCACUUGUGGCUCCAAAUUGAUAAGGAACGGUGCUGGGAAUGGAUCAGUACAUAAUUCCAAGAAGAACAAAAGGAUUUCCCUUCUUCAUUCGGGCAAGGAAAAGCUGAGAAGAGAACGGAUCAAGGAUUGCUGCAAGCAGUUGCGUGCUCUCUUGCCGUAUAUAAAAGGAAGGAAGAAUGAUGUGGCUUCUGUUCUAGAGGCUACAGCUGAUUAUGUGAAGUGUAUCCAAGAGAAGAUACCUCCAGUCAUAAUGGCGCAGAUCGUGACAGUGCUUCAGAGUAACAAAAGAUUUUGUAAGAUACAACAAGUGUUUAAACCUCCAGCCCCACCAAGCGCUGUGAUAACUUCAAGGGAGAGCAACGAAUCGACAAACACCGCUUCCUCUAGAAGAGAGAUGGGAUUGUGGGCGAAUAAACACUUGGACAGAGACAACGUCCCUCCGUUCGGGGACCCUUUGGAUGAAGUCUUGAAAGGACAUUCUAGUUCUGCUUCAGAAAUUGCUGAUGGUGAAGUGUGUCGACCCAAGCCGGUCCAGCACCUCGCAGAUACUCGGGACUGUUUCAGUCAUAUUAAUACUGCCGGCCCAGCUGGAAGGAGGAUCGGGGGAGAAGAAGAGAACAAUUCCGUUGUCACGUGCCUAUUCGUGAAGAAAAACAAAACUCAUCAAGGACACCCUCAAGUUGUGGAACCUGAAGAAGUUUAGAUUAUCUUUUUUACUUUUCCGGACGCCCGCUCCUCUGAAGAUGAAAGAGCACUCUGAGGUGGUCCACUCACAUCGUUUCCCACCCGAGCUCAGGCUCACGGAUACGGCCUUCCAUUUCCGUACCGACGUCGAAUCACCCCUGGGCAAAUAAUUUAAUUCUGCAAUAAGAGCAAAUCAGUAGUUCCUGUUUCCCGGUGCCCUUUAGAGAGAAGCCAACUCUGUCCCCUGGAAGCAAAGCCUUAAAGAGCACAUGUCAAAAUGUGUUCAUCAUAAAAGUGCCUUUUGCCUCAUAACAAGCAAUAUGAAAUGCCAUUGAUUACUUUGUGCAUUUCCCAGCAAUUUGGAAGUAGUUUGCCUGAUCUUAUUUCACUUCCUGAUUUUUAUUCCCUGGCCCAGGGUUGGUUUGAUAUCUUUACUUUCUCUCUCACCCAGGACCUCAUAUGCCCUUCAUACUGGGGAGAUGUGUUUAAAUUGAAAGAAAAAAUGCAGUUUGAUUUUAGUACUGUCAAUUAAUUGUAUUCCUAAGAUAUUUAAAGUUUUCUUCCCACCUUUUAUUGUUCAUAAGCAUGUUCGUGGUUGGCCCUGAAGCUAAGAAACAUUUAAGAUAGAACAGACCAGAACUUCCUCCUAAAGAAUGAGUCCAAUUUAACAAAAGUUUCAUUUGAUACGUUUAAAAGUGAUUUUAAGAAUGAGAAUGACUUAGUUUUCUUGCUUGGCUUUGCAAUUUUUCUUUAGGAAAGUAAAAAUUGUAGAAUUGAUAGGUUUUUCAUAAACAUCGGAUAAGUCUAGAUUUGGGGGAAGGGGACUGUUCCAAAAUUAAUUUAAAACUAAAGCACUUGAUUCUGCCAGAUAAUUAUGAGUUCACCUCUGAAGACCUUCUCCCUACUCAUUGGUUUGGCUCUGAUCACUGGGGUAAAUGUUCAUCUUUUGCCUAGGUGAAAAUUGUGUUUUAACCCAAAUCAGACAAACUGUGACCUUGCGCCUUCUAAAUCUUGCAAGAUGAUAAAAGUUGCAAAGUUUAUGCCACUCUUAGGGACUAAAUUAAGAUUUCCUCGAAAAUGCAAUAAAACAACCUAUCCUCUCA